AUGGAUGGAGAGCGGGAGAGGGAGCGAGAAAGAGAAUGGGAUCGUGAGCCCCGAAAGAACCCAGAACUUCCACCGAUAGAUACACAUGCUCAGCAUCGCCGCGAGCACUACCGUCCGCAGCCCCUGCUUACCCCACUUCCUGAUGGGCCUGCUCCUCCGCCUGCACCGUCUUGUCCUCCCCCGGAUACUCCUAAUAGCGAAUUUGGUAGCCCUGGUGCUCCGCCUUAUCUUCGGUCAGGUGGGUACCGUGGGAUUAUCAACAUAGGGCUCAUGGGGAAGAAACUGCGCGACGAUGGUGACAGUGGGACACCGACUGGCUUUCUUAGGACCCACAGAGGAAAGAAGGGUUCUGAUGAGAGUAGUCGCGGUCCCCCGCCUUUGCGAAGGAGGGUCAAUAGCAGUAGUAGUAGUAGCCUGGGGAAGACGGAGAGACCUGGAAGUGCUGAGGAGGAUGACCCUAUUCCGACCGAGUAUAGGCCGCAGAAGAGGAUCGAUGAAGAUGUUGGCGAGGAGAAGGAUGAAAAUGAGGAAGUGAGUAAUAGCGUUAAGAAGGGCCUCGGGCUGAGGUUCCAGUCACCAUCUGGUAUACCUUCCCAGCAGCCUAUUGGUAACGGAAUGGCACAGCAACUCCAACAGCCGCAACAACCACAGAUGGCGCAGAAUACCCAGAACUUGCAGGAUUCGCAAAAGUCCCCCGAAAAGCCCGGUUUCGUUCGAUCUCUGCCUACCGGUGGUGUCGUUACCCAGCAGAGGAGCCCGGCGGAGGUUGGCUUGGGCACUUAUCUUUACACUAAACCUGUUCCUCCGCCGACUGGGAAUAACCCUGGGACUACGAAUUUGAGGUUUCCUGGGGCGAAUCAUGGCCAUUAUGUCACUUCUCCAUUAGCUAGUGGUAGCCCUGGGAGUGCGACUUCACCGGGUUCGAGUGGUGGUAUUGGUGGAAGUACCCGCGAGAGCGUCAUGAGGGGUCACUGGGCGGAUGUGACUGCGGCUGUAGCUAGGCCUGUUCAGCAGCAGCAACAACAACAGCAGCAACAACCACAGCAAGAACAAAGGAAGGUCAACAUGGAUGAGAGAUCGCCGCAACACGCGCCGCCCCCGCAACAAAUCUCUCAAAUGCCGCAGCGUGGUGAUUUCGUUGCUGGAGGAUUUGACAGUUUGCAGCAAAGGACACAACUUGGAGGUGUUCCGCCUUCGCAUCAGCAGCAGUCUCCGCAACGCAUUCAACAGCAACAAUCUCCCCCGAUGCCCCCAACGCUUAUACCUCAGCAUCAGCACCAACACCAGCAGCCGCUUGAGCAGCAACAGCCACCUAAUAUGCAGCAGCAGCAGCAGCAACCUGGUCCUUUACCAGAUUAUGGAGACUCCGGCGCCUACAAAGCCUUUACGCAAAAUUUACAGAAACCUCUUGUGACAGCGCAGCCUCAAGCCCAACGCCGCGUACAGAUUAGGUCUCCUCCCGAACUCAUGGAUGAGCAGAAUGAUGAUGAGGGCACUAACCCUAGCGAGUCAUCAACACCGGAGAUCCCUGCACUCGGGGCGCGCGUGAAGUUUCCUCCUAGAUCUAACUCAACAGAGGAUCACUUGUUUAACUCUUUCUCUGAGAUUCUGCCUUCGUUACCAUCUACACAUGUUCAUUCAUUGCUCAAUUUUGCUUUCUACCUAAGUGAGGAUGCAUUAGUUGCGGAUAAAGCGGAGAAGCUGAGGAUCAGCGCUUCGAAUACCCCCUCUGAGAGUGGUUGGCGUGCUGUUGAUGAGGAGGUUGGUGUCUUGCGUGAGCAGAGAUUGAGAAGGUGGAAGGAGUGGGUGAAGAUGGAAGGAGCCGAGAGGACGAGACCUGUUGGGCUGCUAUCCAAAGGGAAAGAGGAGGGGCGUGAAAGACAAAGAUUGGGGUUGGGUGGGGAGGAAAAUCCUUUUGAUACCGAGACGGAUGAAGACGAUGGCGAAGGUCUUGGGUAUGAGGGCCUGCAGCCUCUGCCACCACCGCCUAGGUUGCCCGAGAUUGAAAACCUUGAUCUGAAGUCUGCCGGGAUGGAUGCGUUUGGCGGACACCGUCAUCACCAGCGCCAGCAUCAACAUCGCCAUAGUGAUCAGUACCGUGAGAUGUCCGAGCGAAAGGACGUUCCCCCAGAUGCUCCUAUGCCACCGCAACAGACACCAUCGCCUACACCUACCAUCGACCAGGUUGCCAAUGCUCCUAAGGUUGAUUUGGAACUUCAGAUGCCUCGUCCUGUGCCUAGUGUUCCUGCCAUCCGGAUUGAUCCAUCUGCUAGAAGAAGGUUCGAUGAUGAUAAUUCUACUGUUGCUUCAGAGGCGCAUAGUCGCGGUGGUCAGGAAGAUACUGUCGGUAAUGCUGGGAAUACUCCAUUCCCUUUCACAUUCCCCAAGGUUGGCAGCGGCGGAAAUUAUGGACCCCAGGAAAUCAGGCCGAUCGACACUAAGGGACUCGUCGCUAUCAUCUCUUCUUUUAAUCGUGGGAACUCUGCUGCUAAUGGUGGACCUAGCCCCAGCGGUGGAGACCCUCCCCCGAGCACCGCUGAUAUCCCACCGUUUUUACACAUGGCCUACGCGGCCUUGGACACAGCGGUUAAUUCCCCUUCUUUGGAUACCUAUCUUUCUGAAGCUCGACGUUCGUUGGAGACUAUGACCUCUAAUCGUCUUACUGUGUUCAACAACGAAAGCCAUACUCGGCGUCAUCGCAAUCAAGCCCAAACCGCUGCAGUUUACAACACUGGCAGAUUUACGUUCGCUGAUAUUGAGCGGAUGAGGGAUGAGUUCGAGCAGGAGGAGAAUCGAAAAAAGAUGGAGGUGGAUAAGGAGAUCUAUCUCAUGUUUGAGAAUGAGUAUGUCGAGGUUGCCUACAAGGAUGUCAAGGGACAAUUAGAGGUGUUGGGCGGAAAAUGGUAUGAAGAGGUUAAGGUGUGGCUGUUCAAUGCUUCUACGGCUGCUUCUUCUGGGGGACGAAAUAGUGAUGGCGGGAGCACUGCUGUUGGCACUGGGUCCGGUGGCACCGCUUUGGAGUAUCAUCUUUUGCUUGAGGCUAUCGAUCUUCUCAAUAAGUUGCAUAUCACAAUGGAAGAGCACGAACACGUUUUACAAAGCCUCGUUUCUGACAGGAAUGCCCGCUACCUUCAGGUUUCUGUGCAACCACUCAUGACUGUUGGUGAAACGGCGAGGGCUGCUGAUGCGGAGAGGAGAUUCUGGAUUGACGAGCAGGAGAGACAACUCAGAGGCAAGUUGGAGGGCGUCAAGAGGGCGAAGGAGCAUGCCAAGGCUGUUGAGCGGGUAGUUUCGGAGCUCGUUGGGGGCUUGAGGAAUAGGUUCAAGGAUGUCGUUGAGGCAAUUUACGCUGUUAUAUUCCAAUUCCCUCCCGGCGUUCUUCCACAACUAUUCCGCCGCUUCUUCGAUAGUAACCCUGGUCCUGGUGCGAUCCAUUCACAACCGAACUCUCAGCACCCCGGCUCGGAGUCUUCUUCACCUACCUCUUCCUCCUAUACAAUCCCUAAGGAAGUUAUUCAGAUGAUGGCGGAUUCAAUCCAGACCCUCGGCGAAAUAGUUGGUUUAAUAAAACUCGCAAUGGACUUUCAAAAUGCGCCACAAAUUCGUGUUUGCGAGGCUACGACUGCACUACAAGUCGCCGAAGACCAUGCUCGCAACAACGGCGUUACCGCACCUGCGGCCUCUGCGGCAGCCUGCUCUCAGGGGCUUGCUAUUCGUCUCCCGGCGGCUUUGAAACGCAUCCGCGAGGAGCAAGUCGAAAUCGGCGAGAAGGGUAUGGGCGAAAUGAUGGAGGCGCUUCGGAAACUUCAAAACUUCCUCAACACUCAAUCCCACCAGGGCGGCCCUCCCGGCGACGAGUGGGGAUAUAGAGGUCAAGUAGGACCCAGUGGCGGCGUCCCAAGCCUUAGUAGUAUGAUUGGGAGUUUUCGUGCUAGACCAGGGCAGACCAACAGCCUAUUAAUUUCUCCGGGGGGUUACUCUCCUAGUGGGUAUUCCCCGGCUAGGUCUUCACUGUGGAAUAGCCCCUAUUAAGUGAUUGAUGAAUGAUGAAUAUACGAGGUGUUGGUUUGAUUGUGGAAUAGAGAAAAUGGAAAUGGCGAUGGAUGGAGGGAAGAGGGAGGGAAGGAAAGAGGGAAGGGAAACGAUGAUGAUGAUGUUAUCUAAGUUAGUUUAUAAUUCUAAUCUGGUGAUGGAAUGUA